AAGCUGUUCAAGGGCAGGCCCGGCAACACAUACACGCUGUACACGGAUGGCAACGGGGUGGAGCUGAGGGCGACGUUUGGCGCGGGCGGCUACCAGGGGAAGGCCACCUUCAUCCGCGCCAUCUCCCUCUCCCGCCGCAACGCCGGCACCUCCGCCACGCUUGUCCAGGUCGGCUCCAAGUGGGUGCUGCAAGUGAUGGCGAACGGCCAGAAGGUGCGAGCCUUCAAGAUGGUCAACCUCACAGGCGGCAUCAUCGUGCAGGCGACUCCCGUCAAGGACGGGCAGCCGUCGGGCGUUGUCAUUUCCACGCCCUACCUGCGCAUCCGGGCGGCACAGCGUGCACCCUUCAUGCCGGCGCAGAUUCGGGUGCGUGGGGACGGGCGCAGCGAAUGCCACCUGCGACUGACUCCUGCCCUGUGCGGCGCCCUGAUGGGUGCCCGCCGCCGCCUUUCGUGGGCAGCACCAGAGGUCAGCAUUGACCUCUGGCGCUCACCUGGGGAGCUACAAUACCUCCAUGAGCUGCGCCAACAGCGCGCGGAGGAGCCCCCAGCGCGCCAGCGGGGUGACUGUAACACCUGGAACUGCUUGCAGCUGCGUGACCCGAAGUACGGGGAGUGGCUGGAUGUGUACCUCACCAUACUGCAGCCGCUGCCGCUGCCGGUGGGCGGCAUCUUAGGAUCAACGUACAAGCCGCCGGCUGGCGAUGCCGUCGUGGCAUCUGCCAGUGGAGAGCUACCCUUUGCGGCCUUUGUGUGGGAUCAAGACGCGGGCAAGUGA